GAGCUGCCAUAUUUUUUCUGCAUAGGGCCUGUUAGGGGGUCAAUUAAAUUGUUGAGGUUCGGAUAAAGCCCGAGAUGGCUAAUGCAAGAUAGUUUCUGAUAACCAAGCAGUGCAUAAAAUAAACAAUUGAGCAAGAUUUUGAAAAUUGCGUGCGUUGUUACAGCAGGAAUUUAUCACUGAUAACAUAACAAUGUGGUACAAGGAGAUAACCAAUGUUAAUAAUGAUAAUGAAAAUGUCCACUAUAAAUUGUGGUAAGAAAUAAUUUUAUCAAUAAAGAGACAUGUCAGAUUCGUCGCAAUAUCUUUAUGGUCAUCCCCCUCCUGAUAUUAUGCCAAAAGGAUUUCCAAAUAUUGGCAUAGGAGGAAAAUUACGUCAACUUGAAGGCCUGUUUAUCGGUGGUCCUGUCCAAGGUGGACGAGUGGGUCAUACUAUCUCGAUCGAGACACUUAUCGAUGUUUUACUUGUGUUAUAUGACGAAUGCUGUAAUUCUUCAUUACGUCGUGAAAAGACUGUUUCUGAUUUUAUUGAAUUUGUGAAACCAAUAACUACAUGCAUAAAGAAUUUGCAAUUGACACGAGAGGAUUUUGAAAUUGUUAAGGUCAUUGGCAGAGGUGCCUUUGGUGAAGUAUGCGUCGUAAGAAUGCGUGGCUCGGACAAAGUAUUUGCUAUGAAAAUUUUAAACAAAUGGGAGAUGUUAAAGCGUGCUGAAACUGCAUGCUUUAGAGAAGAAAGGGAUGUAUUAGUAUAUGGUGACCGCAGAUGGAUCACAAAUCUGCAUUAUGCCUUUCAAGAUGACAAUAACUUGUAUUUGGUCAUGGAUUACUAUUGCGGCGGAGAUUUAUUGACAUUAUUGAGCAAAUUUGAGGAUCGUCUCCCCGAAGAUAUGGCUCGGUUCUACAUAGCAGAAAUGGUGCUAGCUAUAGGUUCUAUACAUGACUUACGUUAUGUGCAUCGUGACAUUAAACCUGAUAAUGUUUUAUUGGAUGCAAAUGGUCAUAUCAGACUAGCUGAUUUUGGCUCUUGUUUACGACUAUUUGAAGAUGGGACAGUACAAAGUAAUGUUGCAGUUGGUACUCCAGACUAUAUUUCACCAGAGAUAUUAAGGGCAAUGGAGGAUGGUCAGGGACAGUAUGGUCCUGAAUGCGAUUGGUGGUCUCUUGGAGUAUGUAUGUAUGAAAUGCUUUAUGGUGAAACACCUUUUUAUGCAGAAUCCCUAGUCGAAACUUAUGGAAAGAUUAUGAAUCACAAGAAUUGUUUUGAUUUUCCUACGGACGCUAUAUAUGAUGUUUCUGAAGAAGCCAAAGAUCUGAUGCGGAAGUUGAUUUGCAGCUCUGAAUUUAGACUAGGUCAAAAUGGAAUUGAUGAUUUUAAGAAACAUCCUUGGUUCAACGGAGUCGAUUGGGAUACACUCAGAGAUAGUACUGCGCCGUACAUUCCUGAAGUUUCGUCACCCAGUGAUACAUCAAAUUUUGAUGUUGAUGAUACCGAUGUUCGCACUUCCGACGCUGUGCCACCAGCCGCCAAUUCUGCCUUCUCCGCGCUUCAUCUACCAUUUGUUGGUUUUAGUUUUACACAAGGAAGUUGCAUAUCGGAUCUGGGUUGUAUCUCUGCUUUAUCUCAGACAGAUAAACGUGUACAAAUACUCGAGGAAGAAAAUGCACGAUUAAUACAAAUUAUUGAUGAUAUGAAAAAUCAGUCGAGUAUAAGCCAUUCUUCACCUGGUAUUUCACCUGAUUCUAAUAAUGCAACCAGAAAACUACAAGACGAAAUAAAUGUGCUUACAAAACGCAAUUGUGAAUUGGAAUCGCAAUUGAAAUCUAUGGAUGUUCCACGCGAAUUACGAACUUUAGAUAAUGGCGACAUGAUGAAAUUCCGUGAAUUAGAAAAGCUAGUUCGAUGUUUACGCUUGGAAAAGGAAGAAAUUAUUAAAGAUAAAUUGGAUGCACAAGAGAAACUAAAACUUCAAGAAAAGGAAUUAAAGGAUGCGCUUACACAACGUAAACUUGCAAUGACGGAAUACACGGAAGUAUCGGAUAAAUUGUCCGAAUUGAGACAACAAAAGCAAAAGUUAUCAAGGCAAGUUCGAGACAAAGAAGAAGAAUUAGAAGUUGCAAUGCAGAAAGUCGAUACUUUACGCCACGACAUUCGAAAAGCUGAAAAAUUGCGCAGAGAGCUAGAGAAUAGAAUCGAUGAGGCAAUGGCAGAGACCAGUAAAGAAAGAAAGUUACGAGAACGCAGUGAAGAAUAUUGCAAGCAAAUGCAAGAAGAGACGGAAAAAAUUAGACAACGUUCCCUUGGAAAUGAUGUCAGUGCAAAUCAUGCCUUGGCAACUCAGGAGAUUAAUAGGUUAAAAGCAGAAGUUGAGAAACUUGAAGUUCAAUAUAACGAAAAUCUGACUCAACAACAAAGCAGGUUUAAUCUUGAGAUUCGAAGUCUUCAGGAACAAUUACAUGAAGCGGAAACUAGGAGAGAACUAUUCGAGAGAGAAGUGCAACUUACAAAGGAGAAAUUGGAUGCUGCAAGAUUGGAAAACAUCACAGAUAGUGAAGAAACUAUAAGUGAAUUAAAUAGACGUCACGAGAGAGAAAAGAUUAUGCUAGUCGAAGAGAAUAAGAAGCUUGUAUUAGAGCUUAGUGCUCUUACUGAUAGUGUUAAUAGAUUACAAGGCGAAAGAAGACAAUUGGAAGACGAGUACGAAGAAUUAAGAAACAAAAAAGAAGCUAUUGCGCAAUGGGAAGCUCAAAUUACCGAAAUUAUUCAAUGGGUAUCGGAUGAAAAAGACGCUCGUGGAUACUUGCAGGCCUUAGCCACCAAAAUGACAGAAGAAUUGGAAUUCUUGAAACAUUCGGGUGGAAUAAGCGGUAGCGUUGGGAGUGGAACCACUUUGACCGAUAAAAAUUGGAGGAAUCGUCGAUCGCAGAAACUCGAUAAAAUGGAACUUUUGAACUUGCAGAGCUCUUUACAGAGUGAAAUACAAGCAAAGCAAGCAAUUUCGGAGGAACUUACCAAGACGCGAUCAGAUUUGAUAGCUGCACAAAAAGAACUAAAGGAUCUUAAGCAGCGGUUAGAUACCAUGUCACACGAAUUGAAGCGAAAAGAUAUGCAAAUAAAAGAAUUGCAAGCGCGUCUUGAUACCGGUGAUGGCUUUUUAGAACGUCCUACAUCACAGAUGUCAUAUCUCGAACAUUUUCUUAAAGAGACAUCAGGUAGUACACGUCAUGGAAGCGUCGACAGUGUAGAAGGUGACAUUGAGGACAAUCGUGCACCUAGUAUUACAAGCAGCAAAAGUAAUUUGUCUGAACUUAGUAUCGAUCCAACAUCGCCAUUAUCUCAUGAACUUUUAAACAAGUCUUCAUCUACUCAUGGUCAAGCCAAUUUGCAACCAAAGCCUAAAUCACACCAAUUUCUCGUACGGACAUUUUCGGCACCCACAAAGUGUAAUCAUUGUACAUCUUUAAUGGUUGGAUUAACUAGGCAAGGAGUUGUAUGCGAAGUGUGUGGCUUUGCAUGUCAUAUGCCUUGUUGUGAUAAAGUACCUCCAAUGUGUCCUGUACCCCAUGAUCAAACCAAACGACCAUUGGGGAUCGAUCCUACAAGAGGGAUCGGAACUGCGUAUGAAGGAUAUGUCAAAGUGCCAAAAAUGGGUGGUGUCAAGAAGGGUUGGGUGCGUCAAUUCGUCGUAGUUUGCGACUUCAAAUUAUUUCUUUAUGAUAUUUCGCCAGAUCGCAAUGCUUUGCCAUCUGUAUAUGUUUCGCAAGUACUAGAUAUGCGAGACGAAGAAUUCAGUGUGAGCUCGGUUCGUGAUUCUGACGUAAUACACGCUACAAAAAAGGAUAUUCCGUGUAUAUUUAGGAUAACGACAUCGCUAUUGGAGCCUCCUGGAUUGAGAAAUCAUACGUUAAUGUUGGCAGAUACAGAGAGUGAAAAAACAAAAUGGGUAGUAGCUUUAAGCGAGCUUCAUAGGAUUUUAAAGAGGAAUAAUCUUCCAAACACAACGAUUUUUAGAGCGAAAGAACUAUUGGACAAUACCUUGGCAUUCAUUAAGAAUGUGAUGUCAGGAGCAAUUAUUGAUCCGGAUCGUCUAGUCAUUGGUACAGAAGAAGGUCUCUUCUGUUUAGAUUUAGAUCGUAGUGAAAUUGCAAGAGUCGGAGAAGGAAAAAAAAUAUAUCUUCUUGAAUAUGUUAUUGAAGAACAAUUGAUUGUUGUAUUAAGCGGAAAACAACGUCAUGUACGGCUAGUUCCAGUACGUGCCUUGGAUGGAGACGAAGUCGAAUGGAUUAAAGUCGCGGAGACUAAAGGAUGCAUUACAUUAACAACUGGAGUAGUGCGCCGUAAUCCGCUUAAUUAUUGCUUAUGCGUUGCAAUAAAGAAACAAAAUGCGUCUCAAAUCAUUAUCUAUGAAAUAACACGUACAAAAACAAGACAUAAACGCUUACGUGAAUUAAUGUUACCAUGUCAUGCACAAACUCUGCAAGUUCUUUCCGAAGGCCGCUUGUGCGUUGGCUAUCCAUCUGGUUUUUCUAUUUACAGCAUUUUGGGAGAUCAUCAUCCUGUUUCUUUGGUCCAUGCUGAGAAUACGCUCUUAGGUUUUCUUACCUAUAGUGCCGUGGAUGCAUUACGUUGCAUCGAAUUAGCACGGGGUGAAUUCUUAUUAGUCUUCCAUACGUUAGCGGUAUAUGUCGACAGUCAAGGAAGAAAGAGUCGAGACCGAGAGAUAAUGUAUCCUGCAGUUCCUACAGCAGUUAGUUAUUGCGAAGGAUAUUUAUUAGUGUAUAGCGAGACUCAUAUUGAUUUGUUUGAUUGUACAUCUGGAGAUUGGUUACAAACGCUUAAUGUGAAACGAGCUCGACCGUUAAAUAUUUCAGGUUCUCUUACAUCUUGCAUAAUAAAUGACAUGCCGUAUGUUAUUUAUCUCAGCAAUUUACGUCAGCGAGAACUACUAAAUUUGACACCAUUAGAUACGAGUGGCAGACAAAUAACAAGACCACGACGACGAUUUUCACUGAGAGAAGGCAAUAGAACCGUUCGCCCUACAGAUAGACGUUCGAAAAUGAUUUCUGCACCUACAAAUUUCAAUCAUAUCAGUCAUAUGGGUCCAGGAAACGGGAUACAGAUACAGCGUUUGUUAGACUUACCCACGACAUUAGAAACUGCUGAUCAACAACAUACGAGCCAUCAUAGUAGUUCUCAUCUUCACAGUAGUCAACAAAGACUAUAUGAUUCUACGCUUCAAACACCAAACAAACCAGCUCCAUUGCCUCCUAGGCAUCCCCCUUCUGAUGCACGUCGCUUAAGUUCGCAUAUGUCGAGAAACUCUGGAUAUUCGCCGCACAACGGUUCAACAACAUCACGAAGAGGUCCUGCACCACCACGACCAACUGCUACGCCACCUUCUUUACCACGUACUCCAGUGGACCAAAUUGAUUCUGAAUCGAUACAUUUGCGUUCACAUACUCCACUCUCUCUUGGCAGUAUCGCGUCGUUACAUAACAAGGAACAUCCAUCUGGUGGCAGCCCUAGACAUUCGAUAGCUUCGAACAACAGCUCAAAUCCAUCAACGCCGCCGAGUCCAGCCCACGAUCAUGGAUCAUCUUCGUAUGAUUCGUAGAUUUAUUUAACACUUACGGAAACCGAAAUAAAAAUGGUAUGUACCUAAUGCAUACUUGAAAUACGAUCAAUUUAGUAUAUACAUAUACACAUAGAUAUAUACAUACAUAUGCGCGCAUGCGCAUUCUUAUAUUAUAUGUGUGUAUAUAUGUUAAGCUCGUAUUUUUACAUAUUUUUACAUAUUUUUACUAUCUCCUUUUUCAUUCUCCAUCUGCUUUUUUUAUUGUUGAGAACGCAUUUUGAUGCGAAUCAUCGCGUUGACUAAUGGAUAUUGCCAAUUUUCAAAACAUAGCUAUCAAAUAAUUUGAAAUUUAAUUUUAAUGUUCAAGCCUAACAUAUAUAGUCAGAUAUUCGUAUGAUGUACUUUGCAGAAAAUUAGUACUCGAGUUUGAUCUUCGAACUGGAAAAGUGGAAAAUUUUCACGCGAUAUUUGUCGUGCAAUAUAAUUACGUAUAUUAAAUAUUAUACAGUAUAUGAAUCUCAAACAAGUAAUAUAUUGUCAUAACAAUGCGGUUUGACGGGUGCACUGGUACUCUGUGUAAUGCGAUUAUUUAUAUAUAUGUAUAUACAUGUACAUGUACA